AUCUAACAUGGCGGCCGUGUUGAGGAGUCUUGCUAAAAGUGCCCAUAAAACCACGCUGUUUCCUGCCAAUUCUAUAUCAUCAAAGAGCUCUUUUCUGCAUCGUGAAGUUAUACCAAGGACUAAUUUUAUCGCUGCUGCGUUUUAUAGUUGCUUUUGUAGAAAAAGAAAUGGUUUUUGGGAACGAAAAAGUACAAAACUGGCAACGUCAAGUAAUCCCCCAUGUAAUAUUUCAGGCAAUUUAAUAUCAACAUCAGCAUCAUUAGGAAAAUACUAUGUCAAGCCUAACUAUCUCAAAAAGUGGGGAAGAAGAGACAUGAAGAGAAGAGAAAUGUUCAAAGAUAAUGAAGUCCAAAGAUCAGGCUUGCGGAUGAUAAAAAAGAGCGAUAUCCUUCCAUCUGGUGUUCGUCUAAAAGCUGCAGAAGAUCUUAGAAAACUACCUCUCAACAGCAGUCUUAAUCGUGUUCGUAACAGAUGUGUUCUGACAGAUAGAGCUCGGGGUAUUGUGGGAAGGUUCAGGGUGUCAAGAAUGAUGUUUAGAUAUUUUGCUGAGAGAGGACAAAUUUCAGGAGUGCAUAAGGCCCAGUGGUGAUUGACAUUCAAAUAAUGUAUAGUGUUUCUCUAUUUUUAUUGUAUCACAUGAAUACCGUAUACAAAAAUCCAAAUGACUACCCAAGCAUUAUUCAGUUAUUCUUAAUACUCGUCAGGUGUUCUGCCAAUCUCUAAGUGCUUAUGACUGCACACAUUAAAGGAAGCAAGUUUUUAUUUCAUAAAAUAAAAAAUAGAGUAGUGGCUCAAAUGAAGUUAUUCACGGCAGCCAUAUGAAAUAAGAGCUCAGAAAAAACUGGAGCUCAGAUUUUUUCUAUAAUAAUACUACAUAAUUCUAUAAUCUCUUCAAAAACACAUGAUAUAAAGAAUACUAAUUUAUUAAU